AUGUAUAUUGUGCGAGGCUUGUCCAUUGAAGAUCUACUUCAGAAGAUUCGUCAGAAGUUGAAGUUGCAACAAAAUCAGGUAAUUUCUUCAAUAACGGGUAGAGUCCCAAGUGGAAAUCGCAAAUAUGUAGGUUUUGAUCUAACUGAUGAUGAGGACAUUGAUAUUUUUCUUGGAACAUUUGUCCAAAACUCUACUACUUCUCAAUUUGUUGAGUUAUACGUGGAUAUUGAGACAUCAGACGAAAUGUCAACACCGACACGUGGGUUAGACCUUAACAGUCAGACACAAAUGCUGUCAUCAUCGGUACCCCAACCCACACAAUCAACUAUUGCGCAUGGAGAUGAAAGCGACUAUAUGGUAGAUGUUGAACCUGACAAUGAAGAGGAGGAGGAAGAUGAAGACACUCUAUUGGCAAAUGACCAUGAUCAGAAUGAUAGUGAUGGAGGAGAUGAUGAACAUCAUGAUAAUCCCAUAACACAGGAGACAGUUAUCCCUGCGUCCAAUAAUGCGGUUAUUCCACCAACAUCAGAUGUGACACCAUUUUGGGAUGACAUCCCACACUAUGAGGCUGUUAAUUUGGAUUAUCCGAACGAAGACAUACUGGAUGUUGAAGGCUUAGGUCGUGGUCAGUGGACAAGAGGAGACGAAAUGUAUGUGAAACAAGAGUUCCGGUUGAAGAGCGAUGUGCAAGCCGCUAUAAAACAUUACUGCAUGAAUGAGCAUCAAGAAGCUGUAGUGGUUGAGAGUACUACCACGAAGUUGUCUAUGAAAUGUCGUAAGCAUGAAGAAGGUUGCAAUUGGCGAGUAAGGGCAAUUAAACCGAAGAAUAGCAACAGCUGGGUAGUCACUAAAUGGGGUGGAAAACAUUCUUGUGUCAGCACAACCCUUUCGCAAGAUAACAAACAACUUGAUUCACAAUUUAUAUCUGAGGCCAUUCUAGACAUGGUGAAGGCUUCGCCGUCGGUGGCCGUUAUCUUGAUACAAGAACGAGUUACUGCCCUUUUUGGAUAUAAUGUUUCUUAUAGGAAGGCGUGGAAGGGAAAGCAGAAAGCAAUUGCUAAGAUUUACGGUGAUUGGGACGAGUCAUACGCGUUCUUGCCAAGAUGGUUCGCGCACAUGUUGAAUUUUUCUCCGGGGUCUGUUUACCAUAUUCAACAUGGAUCGUGUGUCAUGAAUGGACAAGUUAUUACUGGGUCUAGGGUUUUUCAACGUGUUUUCUGGACUUUCGGUCAAUGUCGGGAGGCGUUUAAAUGGUGUAAACCAGUCAUACAGGUCGAUGGUACGCAUUUGUACGGUAAAUACAAAGGGACAUUAUUGAUCGCCACAGCGCAAGAUGGCAACAAUGAGGUAUUGCCAAUCGCAUUUGCGGUCGUUGAAAGUGAAACUAAAGAUGCAUAG